AUGUCUACUCCUGGAAACACUUCUACUUCGUCCUCCUCCAACCAAAACUUCUCUUUGCUCAAUAUAUGCUCCAAAGAGCUCAAAGAGCUUGAUGAGAAUGAAGCUACUCCUGAAGAUCUUGCUGCCUACAAGAAACAUUACGAUGAUGCUACCAAAGUGGCAUGCAUCAUGGUGGCAACUAUGUCCCCAGAACUGCAGAGGUACUAUGAGGACUACUGGCCUUUCGAGAUGAACAAGGACCUUAUGGAAAAGUACCAUAAGCGAGCUCGUCAAGAAAAGUUCAAAGUAGUCAAGUCACUCAUGGCUUGCAAGAUGAAAGAUGGGGAGUCGGUUGUGUUACAUGUGCAAAGAAUGCAACGCUACAUAGAGCGUUUGGUCAAGCUCAAUAUUCAUUUUGAUGAGGAAUUGGCCAUUGACAUGGUCUUGAACUCACUUCCUGAAUGUUAUGGGAAAGGUCCUCCCAAACAAAAUUGGAAGAGCAAGGCUCAAGCUGGGUCAUCUAGUAAUGGCCCAAAGGCUAAGCCCAAUGGUUCCACUCCCCAUGUUUCUGAUCCAAAAGAGGCAGUUUGCUUUUACUGCAACCAAAAGGGGCAUUGGAAGAGAUCUUGCCCACAAUAUCUGCAAGAUAUCAAGGAUGGCAAAGUGAAGCCAUCUUCGGCAGGUAUUUACACUAUUUCUGCUAAUAACUCAUUAUCUUCUCGUUCAUGGGUCCUUGAUACAGGAUGUGGUUUUCAUAUCUGUUCUGAUUUGCAGGGUCUAAAGGAAAGUGAGGAGAUAGAGCGAGGAAGGAUAAACCUGAUCAUGGGAAACAGAAAGUCUUCACCAGUAACCAAGAUCGGAGUUUAUCAGCUUCUGCUUAGUAAUGAUGUUAGAUUAGAUUUAAUAAACUGUUGCUAUUCGUCUGAGAUGACGAGAAACAUUAUUUCAUUUCAUGCAUUGUUCAGACAAGCUUUACCUUGUAAUGGUGUGUAUGAAACAGUGACUUGUGUUGAUAGCUUAGGAAAUAGUGUACUUAAUAUUGACUUGUCUAAUAGUGUAGACAAGGCAUGCUUGUGGCAUUGUCGUCUUGGACACAUUAACAAGAAACGCAUAGCCCAACUCCAAAAGGAUGGAGUGUUGGAAUCAUUUGACCUAAAAUCAGAUGAUGUGUGUGAAUCUUGUCUUUUGGGAAAGAUGACAAAAUCACCAUUCACAGGGUCUUGUGAAAGAGGUGAAGGUCUGUUGGAUCUCAUACACACAUAUGUGUGUGGGCCCUUCAGAUCAACUACAAGAGAUGCUAAUCGAUUCUAUGUGACUUUCACUGACGAUUAUAGCAGAUAUGGAUAUAUCUACUUGAUCAAGCAUAAGUCAGAAACUUUUGAAAAGUUCAAAGAGUUUAAGCAUGAAGUCGAAAAUCAAUUGGGCAGAAAAAUAAAGAUACUUAGAUCCGAUAGAGGCGGGGGUAUCUUAGUAUCGAGUUUAACGACUAUCUGA